GCGGGCGGGCGAGGGCGAUGUUGAUGCUGGAGUAAAGAUGGCGCUCGGUGGGAGCAGCGGCGGCGGUUCCGGCUUCCUCUGCUCGGCCAAGGCGGCGUCGGGCGGGCUCCUCCUGGCCCUCCUGGCCGCCCUGCUCUCGGGGGGCCCCGCGCAGGCCCGCCUCCNNCACCUCAGUCUCAAGAAUGACAUGCGACUGAAAGUCCACCUCAACACAUUUGGCUUCUUUAAGGAUGGGUUCAUGAAGGUCACCAUCAACUACCUCUUUGUGGGGGAGACUGACAAAAACAUUCUGGUGGGCUUCAGUUUAGAUCGAACCCAGAAUGAUGGAUUCUCCACUUAUCUGGAUGAAGAAACGGAUUAUUGCACCUUGAAAAAAGAGCCAAACCCUGAUGUCUUGGUCAUCUUUCUCGUCUUGGAUUUCUCAGAGAUGGUCGUGAAAAUCACGUCUGAAGAUAAAGCUCCACUGUUGCCUGAAAUCAUCUUUAGUGAGCCUCAGGGAACUGGUCCUUCAGGAACUACUCAGAAAUCUGAACCAAAGCAGUCACUCAAGCAAAAUACGACGGAAGUCCAGAAGCCUGAGCGAACACACCCAAUCCAAAGUGGGAACCAUAGCUUUUCAUUCCAGUUCAGCAUCAGUUCGGAGAAACAAGAAGGAAUUUAUAGCCUCUAUUUCUACAAAUGCCUGCUAGGAAAACUGCUGAAUGAACAAGUCCCCUUUAGCCUGGACAUAUCCAUCACGGAGCGGAAUCCAAACAGCUACCUCUCAGCUGGAGAAAUCCCACUUCCCAAGCUGUACAUUUCCAUGGCAUUUUUCUUCUUCGUCUCUGGGGUCGUGUGGAUCCACACGCUUCGGAAGCGCAGGGCUGAUGUUUUUAAGAUCCAUUGGCUGAUGGCUUCUCUUCCUUUCACCAAAUCCCUUUCUUUAGUCUUCCAUGCGAUCGAUUACCACUAUAUCUCCACACAGGGCUAUCCCAUUGAGGGCUGGGCUGUUGUCUAUUAUAUCACACACCUAUUAAAAGGCGCUCUGCUGUUCAUCACCAUUGCUCUCAUUGGCACAGGCUGGGCCUUUAUUAAACAUAUCCUCUCCGAUAAGGACAAGAAGAUUUUCAUGAUCGUAAUCCCAUUGCAGGUCUUGGCAAAUGUUGCUUAUAUCAUCAUUGAAUCUACAGAAGAAGGCACGACAGAAUACGGGCUGUGGAAGGAGAUUCUUUUCUUGGUAGAUCUGCUCUGCUGCGGAGCCAUCCUGUUCCCCGUUGUAUGGUCAAUACGACACUUACAGGAAGCUUCUGCAACUGAUGGGAAAGCUGCCAUUAACUUAGCAAAGUUGAAGCUGUUCAGACACUAUUAUGUCAUGAUCGUGUGUUACAUUUACUUCACCCGAAUCAUUGCCAUCCUCAUCAAGAUAGCAGUUCCAUUCCAAUGGAAGUGGCUUUACCAGCUGUUGGAUGAAAUGGCAACCUUGGUGUUCUUCGUCCUCACUGGCUAUAAGUUCCGGCCGGCCUGCGACAACCCUUAUCUGCAACUUUCUCAGGAAGACGACAGCUUCGACGUGGAAUCUGUGGUGACGACCUCAGGCGUCAUGGAGGGUAUGAAGAAAGUCAAGAAAGUCGUCAAUGGCUCAGCGGAGCCCCACGGCGAGAAGGAAAGCGCCGCAUGAUGGACUGAUCUCCUCCCCCCCACCACAACACACUUCUCCUCUCUUCCCUCUCCCUCCCUUACAACAAGGCAGCACUUUCCAAUGAACUGUAAUUUAUUGAUCGUUCGCUUCCCUCAAUGGCACGGAAGCAGGACGACCUUCCCAGUGUAAAAACUGCAGACGUUGGGCUGGGUGGCGGGGGAAACAGGGAUAAAAUACAGCCAAGGAAGGAGAAUCAAAACUCUAUUCGUUCCUCUAUCUUAAGGAUUGGGGUUUUCUUCUGGUGCCCAGGAGAAAGGUUUAAAGGACAGAUGACAGUGGUGGCUUUUUUUAAAAAAAGAAAAGUCUUUUUAUCCCCCCCACCCCUCUUUUUUUUUCUUCUUCUUCUUUCUUUUGGGUUGUCAUGAUUCAGAACAUGAUUUCGAAAAGACUGUGCUCUGUUGGGUUUCUCGAGAGAGAGGCUUUCAGAGGGGAAAAAUGGGAGAGAUGUGUGCAUGCAAGUCUAGCAAUAUAGGUUGCUUUCUGAAAUGCAAAAAAUGGUGUCUUAACUGUGCUCGAAAGACGAAUGAUGCCGUAGGAAAGCUUGGGGCCUUUGUGAGUCCUUCGGGGGCUGGCUUGGAUACAUCCCGCUGGGUUCAAUUGCUUUCCCCUUUUUGCUUCUUUCAACUUCCAUUUGAACGGAGGGCGAGUGAGGAAUUUUGCCUCUAGGACAGCCAAAAUGGAAGCUGUGUUUUUAAGACCGUAGAGCUGUCAGAUCAGCAAAGGAUGUCACGGUUCUCUCCUUCCGUCAGUUUCCACGGCAUGGGUGAACGUGUUCGCUCAAUACAGUUGUCUGGAAUGUAUGCAACAGCACGAAAGUCGAAGUAGUAAAUUAUUUUGCUUCCAUUCCUCUUUGUGGUAAAGCGGGGAAGGGUUUGUAAUUCAUGGGGGGAAGAGGGAAUGAAGUGGCGUCAUUGAUCCUAUAGAACUCCCCUUAAAGAAGACUGCAUAAUUGAUCUCUGGAAUUCCUCUCUUUACAGUCCGUAAAGCUGUAACAUUUCUUGGCGGGGCAGGGUUCUCCAUGCUCAGCACGCGCUCCUGGAAAAAAGAGGCGCCUGCCACUGACUUCAGUUGACAAAAUAAGAGCCUACUCUUCGGUAGCACAGCCAGUCAAGACAACAACUGAAGCGAGUGCAACCUGAAACGUGUGUGGGUUGGUCCACAGAAGUGCGGUUGACCACAUCUUGGGAAAAAUGGGUUGUUUGCUCACUCUUCGUAUUGCCUCCUCCCUUCCCUGGCAACGCCAUGUAUCCUUACCGUUGAUAAAGGCUGUGUUCGCACAACACACUAAGCCAUUAGUCAUGGUUUAAAAGCCAUCAUGGUUAAGCCCAAACCAACAAACUGGAUUCUUUCUUAGUUUGCCAUGUGAACCUGGCCAUCACUGUGUGCCAUAAUGUGGCUUCUUUGUCGUUGGCUUAACGUGGGCUUGAUCUCUUGGAUUUAACUUGUUGCAUAGACACCUAACAUGGAGCAUUUCAGAAGAUAUCUGGCAGUGUCUUCUGUUAAAUCAAGCAGAGCUACUAAAGAUUGCAAAAUCUGAAGGCGUGUCAUCUUUUUGUGGGGCAGUUCGGUUCUUAGGGUUGACAGCUCCAGCAGCCAACUGUUGAGAUUUUGGAUGGCUCGUUCUCCAAAUCUAGAGCCUAGAUAUUUGGGGCCACAACCAUUUGGAGGGCACAGCAAAUUGGGAGAAGUGGCCACAAGCUUGGAGAGGCAUUUCAGCUAGAGAAGAUGAGCGUUGUUUUGAUUCUUUUUGCGGUAGUCGCCAAAGAAAUGAAAUCCACGGAGUCAGGCUGAGCCUGGAAGCAGAGUGGUUUUAUGGCUUUUGGGAAGAGACCUGGGUUUGUAAUCAUUGGAUCCUUUCUAAUCCCAGCAGUUGAGUGAGGCAACGCUGAACAUGUAUCUAGGAUGCCUUGGGGAAGGAUAUUAUUUAAGCUUUAUUGCUAACCCUUCUUGUUAAGCUCUAUUUCUAACCCUUCUUGUUAAGCUCUAUUGCUAACCCUUCUCCUUGUUAAGCUCUAUUGCUAACCCUUCUUGUUAAGCUCUAUUGCUAACCCUUCUCCUUGUUAAGCUCUAUUGCUAACCCUUCUCCUUGAUCUCAUUUCUCUCUUGGGCUGUUGCUGAAAUUGGCAUCGGGUACAUGCAGUCUAGACUGAUGAACUACUCAUACGAUCCCAAUGAUACAGUGGGGGUGGCGGGGGGGAGGAAUUAGUUACAGGUGGCAGCCUUCUCUUGUGUGGAGCCGUAAAUCUGCAAGAUACACUCCACGGUUCAGCUGGCUCUCAUGGCAUCUCCUGAGACAUGUCUAGCAUGCGUAGGUUUUCUGACCCGCUGUUAGUUCAUCUUUGGCAUCAUUGUUCUAUAAGCUGCCUGGCUGCAAAAGCGAAAGGAAACCCUGCGCUGGCCUGUGUUUGAACUGGAGCUUUGUGGCAUUGCAUUUGUGGCGUGGCUGUCCCUUCCACUGGCUGAGCCCCAGAUUUGAGCUUUGUUUUGUCCGAGGCUUACCGAAGUGGGGUUCAGAGACCCUGUUAAGCUGUAACAGUCCAACCGGUGAGAAGACUUGCGGGAUUCCCUUGCAGGCAGAGCCCCCUUGAGAACGUUGAGCUACUGGGUCACCUGUGAAUGGAUUUCCACCCUUCCUUCCAUUGGACCUCUGGGAAUCCUAAUGGCAGCCGUUCUCCAGCCAUUGCACAUUACACUCCCUCCCUCCCUCCCUCCCUCCCUCCCUCUCUUUUGCCAUCGAAAAGUUGCCUUGAGAUCUGCCUGCUCCCUGUUGGCCCGUCUAUUCCCCAGCAUCAUGAGGCAUCUUGGGGAAGCGUGUCAGCAAAAGGAGUUUGGUGCAUUGCAGCAUUUUCACCAUGCAACCUGGUUAGGAAAGG